AUGGCUUCUCAUCUUACCCGGGCUUCCAAAAGAGCUGAGGGCCUCACGACAAGAUCUGGCACAAGAAACAACGUCGCGACGAUUCCAGGCAACCACAGGCAGCAGCAAUCGAAUAUUGGGAAGAAGAAGCGCCCCAGAGAUUCAGUCGAUCACGAAGAAGAUCAUUUUAUUGCGAAGAAGAAGGCUCGCAUUGCUAUUGAGAUCCAUCCACGACCAAAGGCACAGCCAAAAACCCGAUCUCUCGUCAUCAACGCGAAUUUGGUCGUCACUCCACCUCAGCAGCAGCGUGCCGCAUCACCAAAACAAGAGGAGAUAGCCACGCAGACCGAAGCCCCUUCACCACCCACGCGCAAACACACAAAUCAUCAUGAUAAGGUUGUCAAUGGAAUCAAGCACGAGCUCGAUCGUCUGCAGCCUAAUUCUGCAGAUCUCAAGGACGAAAAGCGCAAAUUACGAUCCCAGGAAGGCACGCGGUUCAAAAGCGAAUUAUCCGCGUACUUUCCAGAGUACGACGAGAUAAUUGGCAAUGAGCCCAAGGAAGAACAUAUUCUCAACCUUGAUACCCCCAUAAUCAUCCUCGACAGUGCCAAGACCUCAAAACAUCCUCCGCGAAAACAAACCACUCACGACUACCCCUUGAAAGAAUUCUCCGACUACCUCUUCACCGACCUACACGAUGCACAACGAGUAGAUUUCUCAUGGAUGGAUAAGAAUUACAAGGAGGAUGGUGGAGAAGAUCCUUUGUCCGAGGAGUAUUUUGAAUUGAUACAUCGAAAACCUGAACGACAGGAGAAGGCCAUCAGAAAUACUGACAAAGGUCGAGCCCAACAUGAAAAAGAUCAAGUGAUACGAUUGCUAGAGGGACUGCAAGGUCAUGAUUGGUUAAAGCUCAUGGGUGUCAGUGGUAUCACGGAGGGCAAGAAAAAGGAGUAUGAACCGGCACGGGAGUACUUCCUCAAGGGCUGCGAAGCAAUCAUAGAGAAGUUUCGCAUAUGGAAGGAAUUAGAGAAGCAGAAGAAGCUUGAAAGGGAAGCUGCAAUGGCAGAGGCGGAGGAGGAAGGACAAGAAGAAGAGGAAGAGGAAGAAGAGCCUGAGGAGGCUGAGGGGGAGGAGGAAGGCUACGUUAGUGAUGGCGACCCUCCUGACUAUAGCGACGUCGACGCAUCUGCAGCAAGACAAUUGCAUGAAGAGGCAGUGGCUCGAUCAGCACCCUCUGCAAGACACCCCGAGAAGAAGCCAAAAGUCGAAUUGAUACCAGAGUAUAAAACGGUCGAAAGGGAGUUCAAAUCUUUUUACAAUAAGCCACACCUCCGAGAAGCAGCUCUGGGAAGGCAUAGGAGGAGUGGAAGAAGCGCGGUGGCAUGGGGUCAUCCGGUUCCCGAGGUUGCAGAGACCGAUUUCGACUUACCCGAAGAGUAUCGAGAUGAGGAGACGUUGAAGAUUCAUGCCAGGAGAAAACGUAGAGACAGGAGGGUUAGCAAAUCUUGA